CUUAUUGUGUCAGUGUAGUGUUGCGUAAUGUAAAUGUACUCAUAUCUCAUGUGUUACAAAUUUACCUUUUCUCAUUCAUGAUAAUAAUAAUAAUAAUAAUAAUAAUAAUUAAUGCCAACACAACAUAUUGCCUUAGCAUUAUUCUUAGUUCUAUUAGCUAUUGGUGUAAUUAUUUUAAUUAGUAUAUUGAUUAUUGUGAAAAGACGUAUAGCACGACGUAAAAGUCGUAUAGGACGUACUGCUUAUCAUCCAUGUGGAUAUGGUCUACCAAAAGUAUGGAAAUCAAAUAUUGAAAAGAAAAUUAAUGCCACUAUAAAAAUACGCACUGAACCUCAAGUAUUUGGUGCACAUUAUGCUGAAAAUGAUAAUGUUUACACUGCUAGCGGUGAAGUAACUUUUCUUUAUCGUGCUAAAACAGUUGAUCAAUUUCUUAUAUUAAAACAAGCUAUUCUAUCAUUGGAUCCAACAUUGGAAGCACCUCCAUUAAGAGAUAUACGUGAUUUUUUAUUGACCGCUCGUCAUCAUCUCAUGUAUCCACCACCAUGUCGUGAUUAUAUUGAAGAAUAUUGUCAAUUGUAUUUAUGGGCAAGGCAUGAUUUAAAUCCUUUCGGUGAAUUAGAAUAUAAACGAUUUUGUGAAUUACAAACCAAUUUAUUAGAAGUAGUCAAUCGUACAAGCUCAUGGCCUGUUUAUUCAUCCUCAGGCAGUGCAACAAAUCCAACUAUUAGUCAUCAUACUACAUUCUCACCAGAACAAUCGUCAUCAUCUUUAUCAAAAUUACAUAAAAGAACACAGUUGAAUUUUAAAAUGAAAUUUCCAUCAUUUUUAUUUAAAGCAACACAAGAACAACAUACACAACAACCACGUACAGUUCAUAAGACAGUAUUAGCAACACCUACUACUACUAAUACUACUACAAUCCCAACAUCCGCAUCCUCAUCGUUAACAACGCAUAUCCCUCUAUCCACAAUUACAUCAUCAGCAGCAACAGUGACAGCGACGGUGACAACAGCAUCCACCUUUCCAAUUCAUCAUCAAUCACGUGUUGUGAAAGUAUUAUCUAAAAAAACUUCUAGACAAAAUCAUAGUUUACAUUUAAAACGUUUUUCAUCAUCCUCAUCAGCAUCAUCACCAGCCGCAGCAUCAGCAUCAUCACAUUUAACACAUCGUAAAAAACAUGAAUUCUCUAUGGAAUGUGAAGCAUUAACCAAUACUGACAAACAUCAUCAUGAUACUACUGCGAUUACUGAUACUGUUCAUGCAACAACAACAACACAUCAUCUAUUACUUACCAAUGGUGAUGCAAUGAUUGAUAAUCAUGACGAUGAUCAUCAAAUCGACACAAUGAAAACAAUGCCCACAUUGACAACAAUCGGUCAUCAUCAGCAACAUCAUCAACAUCGUCGUGAUAGUUGUGACAGUGAUGGUUCACAAACAGCAUUAAUUCAUUUAGAUGAACAGCCGCCUAUUAUGAAUAGUGUUGUACGAAAUUAUCCAUUGAAAAAUGAUGCAUAUAUUAUGAUUAUGCCGCCAACUGAUAUGAAACAAUCUAUACGAUUUAAUAAAGGUAUGGAAAACGAAGGUGUAAAUUGUUGAAGAAUUUAUUUUGUAAAUACAUUUUCAAUGUAAAACAUUUUACCCUUUUCAACUAUUCUUACUUUUACUGUUUAUAAAUCAAUUAAAAGCCGAGUAUCUUUGUGUAUUAUAGUUCAUCUUUACACUAGUAUUACUGUUGUAUAAUUUUCAAAUUUUUUUUUGAUUAACAUUCCAAACUACUCACCAAGUAGUAGGGAUAAUCUUACAUAAAUAUUUGUAAAUAUUUCUAUAAUUCUUUAGUUUUUAAUUUUUCUGAAUAAUAAAUAUUAUUUGUAUAAAUUUGCUGAACUCUGCCAGUUACAAGUAGUCAUAGAAUGUUUUUUUACAACGCAAUUCAAAACUUGAUAGUUCCAUGUUCUUGUGUAGGUUGAUGUUGAGAAAUAGUUUGUCCAAGACAUGAAGUUAUGAAUGGAUGACGAUAUUCUUUAAUAAUUUUCAAUGUAGCAACUUAUCAUAAACCUAAUAGUUCAACACUACGUUAUGUAUCUUCUUAGUAUUUCAUACUGCUUAUUCUAAGCCAAUCAGAAGUGUCCCAAUGUGAAGGUCAUUGGAUGACCUUUCAGAAAAUGUCCUAAACGAUGAUUGUAUAUUAUUGGUUAAGAAGUUACUUUAUUUUCUAAGGUGGUGACGACGUGUAUAUGCGGACGAGUAUUAUUUUUUCGUCUCAUUUGACAAUCGAAUCGACCAAUCUUUUCAGGUUUUAAUGUCUUUUUCGUGUGCAAUCUGACAGUUAGUUUGAAGAUGCUAGAAUUAAUCGUCUUCAGAUUUCAGCACGCGUUGCAUCAUAACUGCUUAUUUAAUUUGUUUACAAACUUUUUACUCUAGUUAAAUAGUAUUUUUUAUUAUUUGACUUCAUUGGUCAUAUGAUUAGAUUUAUUUCGUUGAUUUGACAAAGUUGAUUUCUCCUCAAUUUUAUCGAUUGAAUAUUGUACAAACAUUGUACAACAACAUUUUAAUCUCAUUUGUAUGAUGAUUGAUUCUCUUAGCUUACGUUGUC